UAUAUAAUUUUCGUAAAUCUUCGAGUAAUUAAUUCAAUAACUUUGCAUAAUAAUGGCAGGUUUCGCAACUGUCAGACUUUUAUUUUUCGCAUACAUUUUUGGCAUAAUUUUGUUGUUCCGAGCACAAGUUGAGAACGCUCCACUAAACGAUGAAAGUAAACCACCAUGCGUCUACGUAGCGAAUAUGGAGUCCGCAUUAAAGAAAGCGUUUGCCAAUUGCAAAAAUGAACUGCAUUUGACAGACGUUCCUGACUUGCAUGCACCGAUGGAUAUCUUGGACGAGUAUUAUAAAAAUAUGGUUAAAAAUGGAUUCGAUGAUAAGUGUUUCAGUAAGUGUUUAAUGGAGAAGUUAAACAUGUUGACUCUGGAUGGCAAAACAGACUUAAAAGCUGUAGAAAAACUCUACCAAGGAGGCAACUUAACGGACGCAAUUAGAAAAGACUUGGUGAAGGAAUGGGACAUUUGCAACAUGAAAAUUGAAAAAGAUUUUCCGGGUGGAGGCGACGAAUCAAAAAUUUGUCGCAAAGUAGCAGCAAUUGAUAACUGUUUGUUCAGCAAAUCGCAAGAACUAAACCUUCCCUGUCCGUUGUAAAAGGUAUAUGCACAUAUGUAUGUAUAUACUGAAUUUGAAAUAAUAUGGACCACACGGAAAUGGAAGUUAAAAAUAGUAACAGUUUAUUAUGUAAUACUAUGUUAAUGACUAUUCAAUGUAUAAAAGCCUAUAAACAAUUAAAACGAUUGUUGACGGGAAAAAGAUAG